CCACUCCCCCAGCCCUCUCUGGCCAACUGAUUGCAGGCGGCAGGGCACAUGGAGAAUGAUUCACCAGCACUCUAGCUCCCUCCUGGUGCCUCUUAUCAAACGCCUCUCUGCAGACCUUUGAGACUGACAUCAGCCCCGCUCCCCACACCUGGUUCCAAGCCCGCUCAGAGCUGGUGGGAAAUGUUCUCCUUUGAGUUCUUGGCCUCCUGGCUCCCUGGCUUCCCCAGCUUGGCCUGGGGUUCCACCCUGCUGGACUCUCUCUUGCAAGGGCUAAUAGGAGCUUGUGCCGUGUCCGUGCUCUGCAGCCUGGUGAAGAUUUAUCUCUACAUCCAGUGUCUGAAUGACCCGGACAGGCAGAAGGAGAAGGAGACCAUCCGCUCCCAGUGGUCCCUGCUGGAUCACGUCCACCUCUUUCUACUGACGUUGAUCUUCACGGUGGUUGGGUAUCGCGUGGCUGCUUUGGUGGUGUUGGAGUUUUCCCUCAGGGCUGUGUCUAUGCUGCUGUCCCUGAAUAAGGGGGCCCACAGCAGCCAGUUGUACCUGUUGUGCCAGUACUCCCUGGGGUGCGGCAUCUCCUGCAGCCUCAGCUACCUCCUGGAGGGGGCUCCCCACCGCAGCUACAACCUGCUUCUCAGCCUGGGCCUGGCCGGCCUGAUCACCUGCUACGUCUGGAGGCUGGCCCGGCACGUCUGCACCAUGUACGAGCUCCACAGCAAGGAGCGCUACUGCGGGGUCUGCAUCUUCCUGCUCACCGCCUGGCACGGCAUCCCCGCCCUGCUCUGCAACGCCCUCAAGAUCACCUUCGUGGUGGCUGACCUGGCCGCUGUCGCGCUGAUCAACAGGGAUUUCCUCACCACCUCGGAGGCCAUUCGCUUCUGGACGCCGCUCACCAUCUGCUACACCCUGCUGGUCAUCUACAUGCAAGAGGAGCAGAGGCAUAACCCCAGCGAGCAGAUGGUCUAUCAGACGGUGUUUGUGAGGAUGGGAGGCUUGCUCAUCCUCCUCAUGACGGUGGGCCGGUGGAUGGACAUCAUGAACAUCUUCAUCUCGCUGGUGGGUGAGAUCUGGUGCCUGGUUCGGGCAGGAAUCAUGCUGGACAUCUGCCGGGCGCAGGAUUUUUCUCAAAGGUUCCCAGAAUCCGGUUCCAGGCAGCCCCAGCCUAGGCCUGAGGCCCAUGGCAGAAAAUACAGCUCCGUGACCAGGUCCUCAAGUGGAGGGGCCGGAGCCGAGAGGUGAGCAGGGGGCUGUCAUGCUCCAGCGAUGGCGAGACCGGCAAAGCCCCAGCGGCCGGGACUGAAAUGUGACAUUUUAAGCUCCAGGCCGUGCCCGCUGAAGCGGCUUAAUUCACAUGCCGUACGUGCUCCAGUAGCAAACCAGGCUCGGGGGCGAUCUGCUGAGGACGUUCUCAAAUGGACAGUUGUUUGCACAGUCCCAGGUUAACUACCUAGAUGACUCUUUGCUCCCCUCAACCCCCCACCCCCAACACCCUGCGGUUGGUCGAAUUGCACUGGUCCCUGGAAAUGGGGAGGCCCCCAUCGCCC